AUCGCUGCGCGCCAACAAGCGCCGGCUGCGCGCGAUACUGGCCGUAAACACUAUCGAACGCGAAAGUCAAUGAAAAUUCAAAUUUAAAAAUCGAAUUGCCGAACUUUUAUGAAUGUCAUUGCUCUGAGCGUUUAGAAAAUUAUUAAUAUUCCAAAUACGUUUUUUAUCGUAGUGGUAUUUUGUGCACGAAAAUUGUUGUUUGAAAGUGUUGAUAAUAUUUUUGUUUAUGCAACAUUAUUGAAGUGUUUGUUUAAUUAAGAUUGCAUUGAGAAAGCUGAUCCAAAAUGGAUUUGGAGUUUCGAAAUCUGACGUAUACGGUGCAGAGUCGCCUACCAAAAGGACCACGGAAGGUGGUUGUUAAAGGCGUCGAUGGAAGGUUCAUGUCAGGCCAAUUGGUGGCAAUCAUGGGACCAUCAGGUGCCGGCAAGAGCUCACUCCUCAACGCUCUAUCUGGAUAUAGGUCCGCAGGUGUAACAGGUGAACUUCUGGUAAAUGGGCAACCAAGAGACGAGCAGCAUUUCCAAAGGUCAUCGUGCUACAUCACCCAGGAGGACCUUCUCCAGCCACUGCUGACUGUGCGGGAAGCUAUGGACGUUGCAGCGAGGCUGAAGGCACCCAAAGGCGCCAAGUCACCUUCAGAGGAAAUCCUACAAGAAAUGGGACUGCUGGAACACCAGCAUACGAGAACAGAUAUGUUAUCUGGAGGACAGAAGAAGAGGUUAUCAAUAGCGCUGGAGUUAGUGAACAAUCCACCAAUAUUCUUCCUUGAUGAGCCAACUAGUGGACUGGACACCGUCACGACCUAUCAGUGUGUGAAGGUCCUGAAGUUAUUGGCAAGACAAGGCAGGACUGUGGUGUGCACCAUACAUCAGCCGGCCGCGUCGCUCUUAGAGAUGUUUGACCAGGUGUACGUAAUCGCUGACGGGUACUGCAUAUACCAGGGCGAUACAGCUGCUAUGGUACCUUUUCUACAAACCUGCGGGCUACCCUGCCCAAGGCAUCAUAACCCUGCUGACUUUAUAAUAGAAAUAACAGAAACACCAGAAUACAUAACCUUACUAUCCAAAGAGAUAAUGAAUGGGAAACUGUUCAAAUCAGCGAAGUUGGAUCAACCACCGAUCGAGACAAACGCCAACCAAAUGCAGCUCAAAAUCAGCUACCAAACUGACGAUGCAAACGAAACCGAGAUAAUCCUAUCGAAUGAAAAAUGCACUUACAAAGUAACGAAGUACGACGGGUCCAGUGCCUCCGUAAGCUCGUCGUCCAGUCAGCUUUCUAAUGGAAACUCUUCAAUGGCUUGGAUGAAGAUGCAAAAGUCAGACACAAUGGAAUUCUCCACAACAUACUGCGAACAAUUCUGCAUAUUAUUGAAGAGGAUGCUGACGCAAAUAUUUAGGAAUAAGCAAGGUCUCGGUAUCCAGUUCGUUCACCACGUUAUGUGUGGCUUGCUGAUAGGCACUUGUUUCUUCAAUAUGGCCAAUGAUGGCACACAGAUGUUCAACCACCUCAAGCUCUGUGUUGGCCUCGUCAUAUUCUUUGCGUAUACGCAGAUCAUGGUCCCAGUACUUGUAUAUCCUCAAGAAGUGAAGCUAGUGAAAAAAGAACAUUUCAACUGCUGGUACAGUUUGAACCCUUACUACGCUGCUCUCACGGUCUCGAAGCUUCCCGUCCAAAUAACGUUCAACAUAAUAUUCUCAACGAUAGUGUACUUCAUGGCCGGAGUUCCGUUCACUGUGAUGCGAUUUUUUGCAUUCUGUCUCGUUGGGAAUGUCGUGUCUUUGGCUGCUGAAGGCUUCGGCAUGGCCAUCGGAUCUAUCUUCAAUGUUACGAAUGGCUGCGCUAUCGGGCCUUCAGCGAUCGCUCCGUUCCUUGGUCUCGCUAUCUACGGCUUCGACUUCGCCCACGAGAUCCCCCUCCUAAUGAACAUCCUCAUGAAGACUUCCUUCAUCAGGUGCGGUAUUGUGGCCAUGGUCCUCACCAUCUUCGGUUUCAACCGUCAGCCCUUAGAAUGCGAAGAUAUGUAUUGCCAUUUCGCUAAGCCUGAGGUUCUUAUCAAGUAUUUAGAUAUCGAAAAUAGUUCCGUCUGGUAUGAGAUCCUUACGAUGUUUGGUAUUAUGUUUGUGUUCCGAUCUCUAUGUUACAUGGGCCUCAGGUGGCGAUUCGCAACAUGAUACUAUCGUCCAAGCAAACAUUGAAUUUCUAUGAGCUCGAUCAUAAUUGUGAUAUAAGCAUUACACGUUUCUGUUAGUACAAAAAUUACUUUUCGACUUUUUGUGAUAAUUUAAGAUUUAAAUUAUUAAGUUGUAGGUAUUUUAAUACCAUUUUAUUUUUUAGUUAGGUACUGAUGCUUAAUUCAUCAUGUCCAGCGAUUUGUAAUUGUAAUUUAUUUUAUUUGUUAGGUAAAUUGUAAUUUUACAUUGGGUAUUUGUCUCGAAUUCAAAUAAAUCACUUUCAUUUAACUUUCAACUGUGAAUAAUAGUUAUUCUAUUUAUGAUACUAAACUGCGGAAGGGCAUUUCGAAGAGAAAUACCAGUGUUGUCAAUAGAGAAAAUUUGUAAAGAAGUACCACAUUUUUUAUAUAUUCUUCAAUUAUUAUUUUUAGUGAACAUAUUCAUUCUAUUUUCACAAUUUUGUCACAAACUCUAUAGAUAUUACGUAGUUAUGUAUCCAGCCAAAGAUACUGUUUACAGAUACAUUUUUGACUGAUAUUUCUAUAACAAUUAGGUGUAACAAGGCAGUGUAGUACUCAUUUCUCUUGCCCUUUAAUUUUAAGUUAUAAGUACUUAGUAUAAAUUAUACUUGUAAUGUAUACAUAGUUGUAAAGCCUCCAAAAGGGUUGUUAUGUUGUGAUAAAGUUUCUGUUGCCUUAUUUGGAAAAUGCAAU